UCCUCAUGAGUGGCACAAUAAGCGGAGUCAUCAGCUGGUGCUCGAGGGCGCACCCGCUGAAUCAGCUCCUACGAGAUGGGCAGGCCUGGCGAUGGGGAGCGGAGGAGGAAGCGGCAAGAAAGGACCUUCUGGCAGCAGUGAAGUCCGGGACCCUCUUGCAGAUCCCGGUGAGGAGCGCUCCCUUCACGCUGUACACCGAUUGGAGUCGGAGCGGUCUGGGGGCAGUGCUGUGUCAGAAGAUCAAAGGAGAGGAACGAGUGGUGGCAUAUGCAAGCAAGAGCUGCAGCGUCACCGAGGCCAACUACAGCUCCUAUGAAGGCGAAGGGCUGGCAGCAGUAUGGGGAGUGACUCAUUUCAGGGUGUAUCUCCAAGGCCGACACUUCACUCUUGUGACCGACAACCAACCCCUGCUAUGGCUGAUGAAGAAUCAAAUGCUGACAGGACGCAACGCUUGGUGGGCAAUGAGGCUUCAAGAGUACGAGUUUGACAUACAGCACCGGCCGGGAAAGACCCUUCAGCAUGCUGACGGGCUGUCUAGGAGUCCUCCUCCACCGAAAGAGCCUCAAAUGGCGGCAGCCGCCGACCAGGUACAAGAAGCGGGAAGCGGACAAUGAGCUUUGCAGAUGCUUUACUGGCCCA